AGAAAGCUUUGGCCAGGGGCAGCUGUGCUGGCUCAUGCUCUCCUUCUCCUGCUGCUGCCAUCCUCCAGCAAGAUGCUUGGGUCUCUGGGGCUUUGGGCAUUACUUCCCUCAGCUGUGGAAGGUAAGCGUCGACAGGGAGGGGCAGGGUCUUUCCAUCCAUCCAGCGAGGGAAAGGGGUGCUUGAAGCAACAGCCACCCCUUUGGAAGAGUGGUGAGUGGGCUGGGUGAGUGAAGAUGAAGGAUAGAGCCAUGUGUCCCCAUGGCAGGGCUCAGGUUCCAGGCCUCUGCUGACCCUGGUUCCUCCUGUGGCUUUACCAUACUGACGCUGGGAUGUGAAACAUGUUUUGUCUGUUCUUUUGGCCACUUUUCGGCCUCUGCAUUCACUCCCAUCUUGAAUCCUUUCCUUUCCCCAUCCUGGGCCUCAGCACCCCCAAACAGGCGAACCUGUGUGUUCUUUGAGUCCCCCGGAGUGCGGGGAAGCACAAAGACAUUGGGAGAGUUGCUAGAUGCAGACCCAGAGCUCCCCAGAGCUAUCCGCUGCCUCCACAGCCGCUGCUGCUUUGGGAUCUGGAACCUGACCCAAGACCGGGCACAGGUGGAAAUGCAAGGAUGCCGAGACAGUGAUGAGCCAGGCUGUGAGUCCCUCCACUGUGACCCAAGUCCCCGAGCCCACCCCAGCCCUGGCUCCACUCUCUUCACCUGCUCCUGUGGCACUGACUUCUGCAAUGCCAAUUACAGUCAUCUGCCUCCUCCAGGGAGCCCUGGGACUCCUGACUCCCAGGGUCCCCAGGUCACCCCAGGUGAGUCCAUCUGGAUGGCACUGGUGCUGCUGGGGCUGUUCCUCCUCCUCCUGCUGCUGGUGGGCAUCAUCAUCUUGGCCCUGCUACAGCGAAAGACUUACGGAGUUCAAGGUGAGCCAGAGCCAGAGCCAGGGCCAGACUCAGCCAGGGACUGGAGUGCGGAGCUGCAGGAGCUGCCCGAGCUGUGCUUCUCCCAGGUAAUCCGGGAAGGAGGUCAUGCAGUGGUUUGGGCUGGGCAGCUGCAAGGCAAACUGGUUGCCAUCAAGGCCUUCCCACCGAGGUCUGUGGCUCAGUUCCGAGCUGAGAGAGCACUGUACGAACUGCCAGGCCUACAGCACGACCACGUUGUCCGAUUUAUCACCGCCAGCCGCGGGGGCUCUGGGCCCCUGCUAAUACUGGAACUGCAUCCCAAGGGCUCCCUGUGCCUCUACUUGACCCGACACACUAGUGACUGGGGAAGUUCCCUGCGGAUGGCACUGUCCCUGGCCCAGGGCCUGGCAUUUCUCCAUGAGGAGCGCUGGCAGAAUGGCCAGUAUAAACCAGGUAUUGCCCACCGAGAUCUGAGCAGCCAGAAUGUGCUCAUUCGGGAAGAUGGAUCCUGUGCCAUUGGAGACCUGGGCCUUGCCAUGGUGCUUCCUGGCCUCACUCAGCCCCCUGGCUGGACCCCUACUCAACCACAAGGCCCAGCUGCCAUCAUGGAAGCUGGCACCCAGAGAUACAUGGCACCAGAGCUCUUAGACAAGACUCUGGACCUACAGGAUUGGGGCAUGGCCCUCCGACGAGCUGAUAUUUACUCUUUGGCUCUGCUCCUGUGGGAGAUCCUGAGCCGCUGCCCAGAUUUGAGGCCUGACAGCAGACCACCACCCUUCCAAUUGGCCUAUGAGGCAGAAUUGGGCAGUACCCCCACCUCCGAUGAGCUAUGGGCCUUGGCAGUUCAGGAGAGGAGGCGUCCCUACAUCCCAUCCACGUGGCGCUGCUUUGCCACAGACCCUGAUGGGCUGAGGGAGCUCCUAGAAGACUGUUGGGAUGCAGACCCAGAAGCACGGCUGACAGCUGAGUGUGUACAGCAGCGUCUGGCUGCCCUGGCCCAUCCUCAGGAGAGCCAUCCCUUCCCAGAGGGCUGUCCACAUGGCUGCCCAUAUCUCUGCCCAGAAGACUGUACUUCAACUCCUGCCCCUGCCAUCCUCCCCUGUAGGCCUCAGCGGAGUGCCUGCCACUUCAGUGUUCAGCAAGGCCCUUGCUCCAUGAAUCCCCAACCUGCCUGUACCUUUUCUCCCAUGUAAAUAUGCAAUUUAUGUAUAGUCAAUGUACAUGCCAACAUAAAUAUGGCAAUUGUAUAGCUGUCUUGUCUGUCUCACCACUGCCUUUCCCACCUGCCGAAUCCUUGGACUCUU